AUGAGGAGGGGUAAUCAGAGCAGUGCAUCUGAUUUAAUCCUCUUCAGGCUCCCUAUCAGGAAGGAAGAGCAAGGCAUGUACAAGGACCUGUUUGUGGUCCUGUACCUGACCACAGUGCUGGGGAACCUGCUCAUCAUCCUGCUCAUCAGACUGGACUCCCACCUCCACACCCCCAUGUACUUCUUCCUCAGCCACUUGGCUCUAGCUGACAUCUCUUUCUCAUCAGUCACAGCUCCAAAGAUGCUAAUGAAUAUGCUGACUCAUAGUCAAUCCAUCUCUUAUGCUGGAUGCAUUUCUCAAGAAUUCUUUUGCUUAUUAUUUUGUGCUGUUGAUAGCUUCCUUCUCACUGCAAUGACCUUUGAUAGAUAUGUGGCCAACUGUCGUCCCCUUCACUACAACAUCAUCAUGAGUCAGAACCUCUGUUUCCUGCUAGUAAUUGUGUCCUGGGUCUUGUCCUCUGCAAGUGCCCUUGUGCACAAUCUCCUUCUAGCCCAACUCUCUUUCUCUAGAGACAACACUCUCCACCACGUUUUCUGUGACCCCUCUGCUUUACUUAAGCUGUACAGUUCAAUUACCACCAGCAAUGGCCUGGUUAUUCUCAUUGUAGGAUCAAUGGUUAUUACACUACUAUUUAUAUCCAUUCUGGUGUCUUAUGGCCACUUUGGGGCCACCAUCCAGAGAUCAUCCUCAAUCAAGGGAAUUUGCAAAGCCUUCUCCACAUGUGGCUCUUAUGUGUCUAUAGUUUCUCUGUAUUAUGGAGCAAUUCUUGGACUAUACUUUGUACCUUCUUCCAAUAACACUGAAGACAAUGAUGUCAUUGUGGCAGUGUUGUAG